GCGCGUCUGGGCCAUGGUGCAGCUCCGGCCGCGCGCGUCCCGCACCCCGGUGUCGGCGGAGGCGAUGGUGGACGAGGGCCAGCCGGCUUCGGAGGAGGAGGCGGGGCACGGCCUGCUGCUGGGACAGCCGAGCAGCGGCGCGGCCGCCGAGCCCCUGGAGGAAGACGAGGAAGGGGACGACGACUUGGACGACGAGGCGCCGGAGGAGCUGACGUUUGUCAGCGCCCAGGCGGAAGCGAGAGCAGAGGAGCGGCGAGUGCGGGAGACCGCGCGCAGGGACAAAACUCUCCUGAAGGAGAAGAGGAAGCGGCGCGAGGAGCUGUUCGUCGAGCAGAAGAAAAGAAAACUCCUUCCAGACGAUAUUCUAGAGAAGUUAACUACAACUUCUCCAGCUGUCUUAAAGAAAUCACCAGGAACGUUCAAAGAAGUCAACUUGCAAAAGAACAAAGAACGUGCGAAAGGAGGAAGUGACUCCAGGAAUUCGAAAGUGCAAAACGUCCCGUCUUUCGGCCAGAGUAAAAGCUACGUGGCUCGGAGGCUCAAAGACCAAGAUCUAAGAGACUCCCGGCAGCAAGCAGCCAAAGCCUUCAUACAAAAUUCCUUGUAUGGCCCAGGAAGCCAAAGAACUUCUGUCAAUAAGUUCCUGUCUCUGGCCAACAAGAGGUUGCCUGUGAAGAAAGCUGCCGCUCAGUUCCUGACCACUGGCUGGGGAGCCCAGAAAAAACAAAAUGCCCAGAGGUUCAAAAGGCGCUGGAUGUUCAGAAAGAAGGCGGCAUCUGGGAAAGAUCGGAGCUAACAAUCAGUACUUUCUGGUGUCUACAAUUUAAUUUUUGAGGUUUGUUUUGCUUUUUUUUUUUACCUACUAAACCAUAAUUCAUUUUAAGACGUUAUGGGGAAGUUCUUAUCCACAUUUCAUCUUUCUGGAGAACAAUCAUGUCUUGAAGCCUUUGAGGGCCCCAAAGAAAAGGCUGCUCAAAAGGAAUUGUUUUUCCCUUAACCAUCCAGAGGAAUACAAGCAGUACACGCCAGGACCGGCACUCCUCUGCGGCUGCCUUGCUACCCCCCCCCUCCCCAAUAAAAAAAGAGGACAAGCUGGCUGUCUAAGAAGUCUUCCAACUGAGCCGAUAUGGCCUCUGAGGAGAAUUUGCUCCUCAGACUGCUGUGUUGCGUCACUGGGACUUCCAUCCACUGGGACGUCGCUUCCUUCCAUCAGGUCAGCUGACUCGCAGUGACCCUCUAGGACAGUCCUCAUCUGUCUCCACUGUACGGGCGAGCGUUCCAGCCGCAGUCCAACCUGUCACCCCCACGCCAGCUUUACGGGGCACUGGGAACGAGGACCGAAGCACAGAUCGCUGCUUUGAGAAGGCUCGAACACCGAAGGACAGUCAUCAAGUUGAACGGCUUCGUUUGAUUUUGGUCAGUUUACACGACUGGUAAUAAACAAGGAAGUGAUGACCUUGUCUUUGUUUCUCCCGUUGUGGACUUGAGCUUAUCGUCCAACAGCAGUAAAGCGAGGUCAGUCUUGGGAUGCAGAGCCCAGAUGAUGGAGCACCAUCAGCUUUAGUGGUCCUUUAUGUUUCUAGGACGUGUGCAAGACCUAGCGUAUAAACUCAAUUGACAGUAGACUCUGUAGAAGUAAAUUUUUAAUGGCUGGUUAAUUAUAUCACUACAUUUUUAUUGCAAUAUAGUACUCAUUUAAGCACUUAAAAAUGGAAGGUGUACAAAGAUUAAAUUAAGACACGGUAAAUUGACUAAAUAUUUGGUUUUUAUAUAAAUAAAGGUCAUAACCACA